AAGCUCGGGACGGAGCAGUAGGCUCUCUGCAGUUGAGAUCAGUCUGAUCUGGAGAACGAUGGCUGGAGGAAAACUCUGCCGCUUCAGCAGAACCCUGCUGAUGAUCGGACUCUUCCUCUUGACUGAUCUGGACGCUCCGUCCGCCAUGGAAAACCAGACCACCUUCCUGUACUUCGCCUACGGGAGUAACCUGCUGAAGGAGAGGCUGCAGCUGAAGAACCCGUCCGCCAGGGUCCACUGCAUCGCCCGGCUCCAGGACUAUAAGCUGGUGUUCGGGAAUCAUAAGGGGCUGGCGAGUGACCGCUGGCAAGGGGGCGUGGCCACGAUCGAGCACAGCCCGGGGGACGAGGUGUGGGGGGUGGUGUGGAAAAUAAACAUGGCUGAUCUGGAGAGUCUAGACAGGCAGGAGAACGUGCGGUUGGGGGCGUACAGUCCGGUGGAGGUGUCGGUUUGGACUCGGGGUCAGGAGCUGAACUGCAGGACCUACAUCAUGAACAGCUGUGUGUACGCCCCGCCCUCUCCACAGUACCUAAAGGUGAUCAUGAUGGGGGCGGAGCAAAACGGUCUGCCGAAAGAUUACCAGGAGAAGCUGAAGGCCAUCGAAACCAACAAGUACGAGGGUCCACUGCCCGUGAUGGAGGAACUGGAGAAAGCUCUGAGGAAUUCCAAACUGAAGAAGAAAGGUCGUUCUGACGCCUAGAACCACAGAGAACCACAAAGAACUACGAAGAACCACAGAGAACUACGAAGAACCACAGAGAACCACAGAGAACCACAAAGAACUACGAAGAACCAGGGACAGUUACAGAGAUGACUGUUCUACCCACUUUACACCGUUCUCUUCACUGUAGCUCAGAGUAAAGCUGCUGUAGAAUUCUAAACUCUAAAAUAAUCAGAAAUAAACAGAGCAGAAGAGUUACUGUAAAAUAAGCAGAUUUACAGUUUGGUAGAAUGUUGUUUAAUCCUGUUAAUCAGAUUAAUAAAGUGAGAGGAUUAAGAGCAAAUCUGAUUUUAUUGACGUCAGAAACACUGCACACCUUAAAUAAAUAUUAUUUAUAUAAAUUAUUAUAUCAGCGUACAGACCAAAUUCUUUAACUGCAUAUUACUGAGGCUCCACCCUCUGAUACACUACUGUUAAUUUACUAAUAAUAAACUGAUUGUUUUAAACUCAUUAGCAUAAACUGACGCUACAGAAUGCGAAAGUCCUACAGAAUAUUUGUAUCGUUUUUAUUUCUUUGAUGAUUAAUAAACGUGUAAUUCUUAAUGAAGUAAAA